CACAAAAUGUUGUUUUAUCAGUGCUUUGAAUGAAAAAAAAAUCUUUGUAUUUUAUAAAGAGAACAGUCAGCGCCUGAGAUGAGAUAUUUAUGUUACUUAUUAUAUUCUAUGUUCGGUAAAUAAGAUUUAUUUGCCGACUUGCCCGUCUCAUUGGUGGUAAUUAAAUAAGGCACAAUAUAUAUGAGCAAUUGCCUCAUCUUUGUGGAAUUGUAAGGUAACAUGUGACGUCAUAUUUGUGAUCCUUGUGCCAUCUAUCACGAUCUCUGUAUUGCGGUUCCUGGUACUCGUUUGUAUCCUGGACGAUAAUAAUGCGGACGUGAUAUGUCUCUUAUUCGGACCGGUAUAGGCAUGCGUGUGGUCUGCACGAGCGCGCAAUGUACAGCCGGAUCCGUGGCGGUGGACAGAGGUGCGGGCACCGCGGCAGCGCAGCGCAUGCGCGUGCCUACCGCGACCGGGAGCCUCGCGAAAUCGCUCAGUGGCGCGGCGGGAUAGCCGGUCGAUUCCAGGGUGCCCGCAAAUACACCAACCACUCUCUGGAAACCGAAUGAACCGUAAAUUCCACAUGAAAACCACAUAAAAGUGAAAAUUGUAAAUGUGAGUAACGUCGUCACGUUUCGAUACUGCGAAUAUUGUGAACGUAUAUUGAACAGUUAAGGGAAUACUGAAAUAAGGAUCAUUUUAAAUUUUUACUCGAGAUUUAUGAUAGGAGUAUGGGACAUUAUCAGAACACCUGUCAUAUGAUAACAAAGCAGUUUUCCAGAGUUGGGUCUUAGUCAUCAGUUAAUAUUAUUUCACGAUUAAACUAUUUAUAUUGUCUGAUAUAGUUACUACAAGUGUUCAUAGGCUUUAUUAUGAGAACUGAUAAGGAUAUUUUAAAAUAUAGAAGUGGAUAGAUAUGUGCUGACGCAGCUUUAGUGAACGAGAAUGUGCAACAAAUCCGUGACACUAAAGAGGUCGCAUAGCGCGUGGCGUGGUAGGUGAGCGAUGCGGGCGCGGUUGGCGGCGCGGUGGGCGAGGGCGUGGGCGUGGGCGUGCGCGUGGACUGUGGCGUGGUGCGCGUGCGCCGCGGCCGCGCCCGCCGAGCCGCGCGCCCCGCAGCUCGCCGUGCCCGCCGCCGCACCCGCAGCCCCGUCCCCGCCCGCCUGCGACCCACUGCUGCUGAAAAACACACCGCCUAUGCCCACCAAUUUGCGCGAACAUGAAGCAGCGGCAGUCCACACGGCGCGCGCGCUGGCGGAACUAGUAGAGCAGGGCGCGGCAGACGAGACGCGAGCCGCCGCGCUGGCUCGCGCCACGGCACGCGCGCCGCUGUCGCCGCCGCCCGCCGCGGUCGCACUCGGCGCGCCCCAACUUCACCUCGGCGUGCUUUUCAUAGCGGAACCGCCCCGACUCAUCGUUUUCCAACAAAACAACUCGAUCACGUUACGUCAGUUCUGGAGGACGUUGGCUUCGGCCUGGAACGCAAGUGCCGUGGUGUGGUCGAACGCGUGGUUCUCCUGCGACGAUUACGACUGGGGAUGGUGGGGCGGCGCGGCCGCGGCUCGCGGCGCCGGACCAGCGAGAGCGGCGGCGGCGAUAUUUCGUCGCUGGACCGCCUUGCCUUGCGAGGACACGAUGCAUGAAUGGCUGGGCGGGCCGCCUCUUUGUGAUGCUGGUACAACUGACUGCGAGGCUUAUCCAGCUCUAAGUUCUGCAGAUAGAAGAUUAGAGUACCGGUGCAAGUGCCGCGUGGAGCACUGGCACGCGGGCGGCGGCGGCUGGCUGAGCGGCCGUGCGCUGGCGGCGGGCGGCGGUGCGCUAGCGUGCACGGCGUGCGGCGCUGCCAGCGACGCGGCCGCCUGCGUCGCCGACGUGUACCGCGCCGCGCUGCUCGCCGCCAACCUCGCCGGCAUGCUCAUAUGCCUUGUUAUCGGACUCAUUAUUUUUAGGAAGAGGAAAUGUAAAGCAGUGGCAAUGGGAAUGUGGACGGUGCUUGAAGUAGUUUUACUUGGUGCAUUACUCAUGUACGCUUCUGCAGCGUCUCAGUAUAUGUCCGUAGCACAGUGGCGCUGUGUAGCUGGCGCUUGGUUACGAGAGUUGGGAUUCGUAGCCUGUUACGGAUCUGUUGUUCUACGGCUAUGGGUCUUACUUGCCGAGUUUCGCACAAGAAAAGCGCAUCGGUGGACACCUAGAGAUUCAGAAGUGCUGAGGGUCGUGGGCGCCAUGAUAUCGGGCGCGGCGUGCUACUUGGCCGCGUUCACGGCUAUGGCGGUAUGCGACGACGACGGCGGCGAGUCGUGCGCGCGCGCCGCCUGGCACCACGUGACGGCCGCCGCCGAGCUGCUGCUGCUGGCCGCCGGUGCCAGGAUCGCAUAUGCCGCUCGGAAUGCCAACGUUCCGUUCCAAGAGCGCGGCUGGCUGGCGGCGGCGUUGUGCUGCGAGGGCGCGUGCGGCGCGGCGUGGCGGCUGGCGGCGCUGGCUGGCGCGGCGCCCGAGCGUGCGCCCCUGGCGGCCACGGCGCGUGCGCAGCUGUCGUCGGGCGCCGCGCUGGCGUGCGUGCUGGCGCCGCGCUUGUGGCACGGCUACCGCGCGCGCUCGCUCGCGCAGGAGGUAUCUCGUCGAGGACCAGCGGAGGGUUUCGGGGUGGAAGGCGAAGAAGAGCCUACAUCUGAAGAGGUCAGGGCCGAGUUGAAGAGGUUGUACGUUCAACUAGAGAUUCUUCGCAAUAAAACGCUUAGACGCGACAAUCCGCACAUCAGCAAACGAAGAGGCGGUCGGAAACCGCCGCAUCGACGGUUUUCCUUGCAGAAAAAGGGCAGUCGUGAAAAGGCUCUGCAAGCGCGACGUGGUGCAAAAGGCAAGAGCGGUGGGAGCGCUAGCGUGGUGGAGGCGAGCGAGGCGGGCGACGUGUCCCGCACGCCCGAGGACUCGGUGUGCUCGGCCGAGGGGCCCUCGCACUACACCGACGGGGACACGCAGGCGUGAUCGAGGACCGCGCCUCGCCAUCACUAUCACGACGUUCACCUGUAGAUCACGUACUGUAAUAUUUUACAUCACACCGUAGAAGUAAAGAAACCGGGUAGAAUUGACUUUCAUAUACUUUUCUUUGUGAAGGUAUCAAUGUCAUCUCUUCUCUUCAGACUUCGCAGAUAAUUUCAUAAAUUCUUUCAAAUUUUAACAAAUAAUUUCAUAACACGACGUAACUCACACGACACAAAUGCGAUUAAACGAGACGCACAAUUUUGUUGCGGUGUCUAUUGCUUGCAAGCCCUGACUGAUUUAGUUCUAAAUAGGAUGCGAGUCAUCACCACAACAAUGUAGUUAUAAUUAUUGAAUCCAAGAGAGUGUCAGUUCUACCUGAAUAUUUAUUAUUAUAUUUAGUUCUUAUGAUUACACUUUAGCAGUCUAGAGCAGCGAUUCUUAAAACAAGUUCCAUGGAAACUCGUCUCCUUAUAGAUCACAGAGCCAUGCGAAGAGAGGCGUUAUAUAGAACAAUCGCUUUUGUGACAAAAUUAAUUGUCCUAAAUAUUAGAACUUAAAAUUGGAUUUAUUUCAAAGAAGGUUUAGUCCUUCAUAAGUUUUUAAAAGCUUGAUCUGAAUGAACAUAUAGUUGAUAGUGGGUAUACUUAAUAAAUAGUACGGACCAACAGUACGCUUUCGUAUUGAUAAAUUUAUACGAGUAUACUCAUACAGUAUGUAUCGUAUCUUAUAUUUCAGUAAGCAAUAUGAAAUUUAUUUCAGUAUCUUUAAAUUAAUACACAAUAUAUGUUUUUUUUUU